GACCCAUUUUGUUUCCUUUUCUUUAUUUGGGGAACAACACCCAUUCAAGUUCAAGUACUCUCUCGAGUCUCGCCCCAUUCCAUCACUUAGCUAGCUAUUCCUUUUUCUCUUCUCCACUCAAAGCUAGAAAACAGAUAUGGCGACGCACAACAUUACCCCGUCCAGAGACGUUCUUGAGUCCGUCGGCGAGAAGAACUACGACAACUGGAGCGCCUGCCUGAAAUCCUACCUUCUCUCUCAAGACCUCUGGGACUUGGUCGAAUCACCAAAACAAAUCAGCACUAUUCCCCAAGCAAACGCCGCCGCCGAAGAUAGCGACGAGAUCGCUGCUUCAGAUACGGUUCCCGGAGUUUCCACGGCGGCGGCGAGUAGUACUAUCAGUAGUCCGGCGUGGCGGAGGAGGAACGCGGCGGCUCUGCACGCGAUUCAAAUUUCCCUAGGCUCCUACAUUCUCCACGAGAUUCGGGAAGUCAGUUCGGCGAAGGAAGCAUGGGCUGCUCUGGCCGAUAUGCACCAGAAGAAGCUCCCCAAGGACGAGCCCGGAGCUGGAACCGAUCAGCAGCAGAUCGACGCCGGAAUGAUGAACAACAGAAACAGAGCAUCACGCUACUUCCGCCUGGUAUCACGAGUGCGGGAAGGUGACAUCGAAGGGCUCCGCGAAUUUAUCAGCGAGAACCCGGAGUCGAUCCGGUUCCAGUUCCCGCCGGGGCUAGGGACGGCGCUCCAUCUGGCGGCGAAUCUGGGGAAGACGGAGGUGGUGGAGGAGAUGAUGGAGUGGGCUAACGAAGAGGACCUCGCAAUUCAGGACGCCGCAGGGAGCACGGCGCUUCACUUCGCAGCGUCGAGCGGGCACCGCCGGAUGGUGGAGCUGAUGGUGAGGAAGAAUGCGAAUCUGAUGACGAUCGUUAACAACAGGAAGAUCAUCCCGCUGCGAGAGGCUUGCGGGAAGAACCAUAAGGAGCUGGCUACAUUCCUGUAUCGAGCCACCCCUUUCACUUGGCUGUGUGAAGAGAAUGAUGGCAGGUAUGGUGCUAAUAUCCUAAAGUGCUGCAUCCUCGGCCAAAUGUUCGACAUUGCUCUGGAUAUGGUGAGCCGUCGGCCGAGUAUGGCUACGACCAUGGAUACCAACAGAUGUAAUGCUGCUAUUCAAUUAGCUUUGAUGCCCGCCGCAUUCCCUAGCGGCACCCAACUUCCCUUUUGGCUGCGAUGGGUAUACUCAUUAAUGGAUGUAAGGCUACCGAGUCCUUUGCGCUCUUCAAGAGAUCGCGGGGGCUCGGGGAUGGAUUCGUCGGAAGAAGAAGAAGGUGAAGUGUUGGGACUAAUGAAAUCUCCAAGUGAUUACGAUGUUCAGAUAGAUACACGUAAAUUGAGCAGCAAACCCAAAUCACGGUUUGGGAUGGAUUCAUCGGAAGCUAUCCGGAUUAAGUCACCAAGGCGUCCACGAAAUAAUGAUGAGAUUGGAAUAGAAAUCCGUAGACCAAGUAGCACCACAGUUGGCAAGAAUUGGUGCAAUGAUCCACCCUCGUUUAUUCUGAAAGUCACGGGAACUCGGCACAUAUAUGACCUCAAAAGGGUGCACGUUUGCUCACUCGAACUCCUGGACCGCAUCUGCCGACACAUUUCUUGGUUAGAUUUCGGGAAGCUCGAAGGCGCCGGGUUGUACGAAGCGUUCCACAACGCCAUAAAGAACGGCAUUGUGGAAUUCGUGAAGAGGGCAGUGAAAGCACGGUCCUCCCUGCUCUACAAAUACGACAAGAACGGCAGGAACAUGUUCAUGUCGGCGGUUGAGUUCCGGCAAGAGAAGAUCUUCAACCUUAUGUACCCGUUACCGGACAGGGCCGCCAUAGUGUCCAUGGUAGACAAAGACAAGAACACAUUGCUGCAUAUGGCCGGCAUGCUGUCUCCGUCCGCCAAGCUUUCUCACAUCUCGGGUGCUGCUCUUCAGAUGCAGAGAGAAUUGCAGUGGUUUCAGGAAGUGGAAAGGGUGAUAAACCCAAUGUACAAGGACAACACCAACAACGACGACGAAACCGCCAGGCAAAUCUUCACAAGAACCCACAAGGACCUGGCCGCCGCGGGGGAGAAAUGGAUGAAGGAAACCGCAACGUCAUCCACCGUCGUCGGGGCCCUCAUCAUGACCAUCAUGUUCACGGCGGCGUUCACCGUCCCGGGAGGGAACAACCAGGAAACCGGCAUCCCAAUCCUCCUCAACGAGAAAUCAUUCAAAAUCUUCAUCGUCUCCGAUGCCAUCUCCCUCUUCGCCGCCUCCACUUCGGUCCUAAUGUUCCUAGGAAUCCUCACUUCGCGAUACGCCGAGGCCGACUUCCUUCGCUCCCUGCCGACCAAGCUGGUCAUCGGACUGUCGUCGCUGUUCAUCUCGAUUGCGGCCAUGAUGGUCACGUUUUGUGCGACCGUUAUGAUCGUUAUGGAGCGGCGGUUGGAGUACGUGGUGCCGAUUAUAUUGUUGGUGAGUGUUCCAGUGACGUUGUUUAUGCUGUUGCAGUUUCCUCUGCUGGUUCAGAUUUUCAGGUCGACUUAUGGGUCGGGAAUUUUCGAGAGGAAGAUGAAGCCUUGGCUUUGAAUGUAAAGUUCCAAAUUAUGUAAUCACCAUUCAUGGCUGAGCCACACUAGAUAGCCUCACAUUAUUAUCAGGCUUCGAUUGACUUGUGUACCAAGUAGAAUUAGUAUAGCAUAAAGAUAGGAAAUGGUAUUCCUCGGUGCUUUACAUGCAUUAAUAAUCAACAUCUAUUCAU